AUGACGCAGCAGCGUCCGGACCAUGCCGUGCAUGCACUGCAGCGGCCUGAACUUAUUGGAGAGCUUCCAUCGCACGACAUGCUAUCUGCAUUGGUCGCGCGAAAUGUGGCCCCGGCGCAAGGACAAAGCGAGCGCCUGGCCAAGAUCGCGAUGCCGGAUGCGACGCUCGGGGAAGCUACGCGGCUAGGACAUUGGCGGCGCAUCGCAGUGUGUGCUGCGGAAGCGAUAUGCACACCGCGCCAUGGUGCUGCAGUAGACUCCGACCUCGACCAUCUCCUUGCGUGGUGGCAGCUGCGCCUGCUUGCGCUAUGGAAGCUGCGCUUCUAUGUGCAAGUACGCACCGAGAUUUGCGGUCUCUGGCAGGUGCUCGAGACGACUGCAGCGACAGACGGCCAGCCGCUGCUAUUCACGACGCGGAUUCCUUUUGCGUUGCACAUUCUGCACGCUCAGGAACUGUAUAUGCGCGGCGAGCACCGUACGGCUAUAGAACACAUGGCGAAGCACCUACGUGCAUGUGACGCAUACAUACAUGAAGCCACGGAUGUAUCAUUGUGGAAAGCACGGCGCGUGCGUCUGCAGUUGCAGCUCGCUUCAAUGCUUCUUGGUAUGGACGCACACGAAGCGGCGUCCUCCAUUCUUGAUCCGCUUGCGGACGAGUGCGUCGCAGUGGAAGACGGCGAUGCAUAUACCAUAUUUCUCGCCCUGGUGCUUGUCCGCCUCUAUGCCCAAAUGGGCUGCACAAGGCGCGCUACAAGCUUGCUCGCCGCGGCGAAACGCAUGCCCGAUGCGCCGCAGCAUGCGAUCGAGACGCAUGCAUUGCUUUUCCAGCACAUGUGCACUACCGAGGCGGUAGCGACGCUGCCAGAUGCGACCGAGCUGAUGGAGCUUCCAGAGGACCAGGCGCUGGUGAAUGCAAUGGCUGUCGAUGCGUUUUACAAAGGCGAUACUACGGCCGGCAUCAGUACGCUGGACCGCUUUAUGACGACGUAUCCAGCGGUAUUUGCGACGGCGCGUGGCCUUGUGGGAAAUUUAGUGACGCUGUAUACUAUGAGCCCUGGCGUGAGUGAUGGGCGCCAGCGCGUGAUUCGGCAUCUUGCAGAGCAUGCAGGUGACGACCCUACAGGAAUAGACAGCCGGUUGGGGUAA